GCUGCUUUGUUGUAGGACCCUGCGCUGUGUUUUUUCUGUUCCAGAAGCCGGGCUCCUCCUCCUUCCGGAGAUCACUAUGGAGGCCAACUGAAUCGCUUCCUUAUUCCAGUAAUUGAAAAAGACUGAGGAAGACCGUUUUCUGUGACCAAAGCCACAAACCUUUUGUAUUCUGGGUAAACGGCGGAUGUGACCUCACUACCAGCAAGUGGAGCUGCGACAGGUGUUGCCCGUGGAUGGCGGAAGUGGUGGAGGAGAAAAUGAAGCCUGACCCAGAGCGAAGCCGUUUCCCUCACUGUGUUGUGUGGACACCUAUCCCGGUGUUAUCAUGGCUAUUUCCAUUCAUUGGUCACAUGGGAAUCUGUACAUCAUCUGGUAUAAUCCGAGACUUUGCUGGACCUUAUUUUGUGUCUGAAGAUUGUAUGGCAUUUGGGAAACCAGUCAAAUACUGGCAAUUAGAUCCUAAUCUUGUCUAUGCCAGUGGUCCUAAUCCAUGGGAUACAGCUGUCCAUGAAGCUUCUGAAGAAUAUAAACAUCGCAUGCACAAUUUAUGCUGUGACAACUGUCAUUCCCAUGUGGCUAUGGCAUUGAACCUUAUGAAGUACAAUAACACGAACUGGAAUAUGGUGAAACUCUGUAUUCGGAGCUUGUUUUACAGUAAAUAUGUUAGUGUCGGAGGCUUCCUGAAGACCUGGGUCCCCUUUUUCUUGUUGAUAGGGGCAGUUGUCAUAAUUGUUCUCACUUUACAUCUGCGGUGAAAUCUAUCAUGGACUCCCCAGUCAUUAUCAACCAGCGUUGACUCUAUUUACCACUUGGAGAAAUGGAGCAGAGGACAGUAGCUUCACGUUGCAGGAAUUCUUAACCAACAUUAAUUUUCAUACAGGCUUGCAUGUCCCCCGUGCCAUGUUUUCCUUCAAAAACAACUGGCUUCACAGGCAAUGUUCCGGUAAACCUUUAUUGUAUCUUUCAUACCAGAAGGUACCACAUCUAAUUUCUUAUGGGAUCCUGACUCUCAUAUCAUAUAGCCAAAUAUAUAUGGUAUCAAUAAUUAAUUCAUAAGCACACUACAACUGUAAAUACUAUAAGGGAUUUGAUGCCAUGCCAUUGAUUUUUUUUUUUGGUAUGGUCAAUUGAUUAUGUAAUUGUUGGUGUGCAAACAUGUAUAUAUUAAUAAAGUGAAAUAUUAUGGUUCUAAUCAGGAAUCAAAGCA